AUGGAUUUCAAUAAAAUUUUACUGCGAUCUUUGUUUUUACUUUCAGUGAUCAUAUUACAAGAAGUGAAUGGACGAACGGGAAGUGGAGUUAUCUUCAAUUUAGAACAGCUUAUCUUAGACCUUUGGAAAAACUUGUACGAACGUUUGGCUGAAACAUUCAGAUGUUUUUUGGACGCAUUACCAGUAACUCUUGGAGGUGCAAAUAAAACCUGUUACCCAUAG